AUGUCGUCGCCUGCUCGCAAGAAGCGUGCGGAUUCAGGUUCGGCUGGUUCAACGCCACCACGUGUAGACCCCGCGGAAAGCGGUCUUCUACCACCAGAGCAUUGGUCACAAUUGCCAGAGCGGAGAGGCAUGGUUAUCACGACUGACUGUGAGAAGGGGUCCUAUCGACGAUACUGGCCAAGAGGCAAUGGAUAUCAACUGAUGGUCUUGAUAUCUAGUCAUCAUGUACUCACCCUCUUACUGGGCGACAAGCUGCACCUGGCACCCGUGCCAGACGAUAUUCAGACUGCUGUGGACAUUGGAACGGGAACUGGAAUCUGGGCCAUAGUACUGCAGGCUCACACGAACCUAAGGGAGUUCGCCGACAAGUUCCCCAAUGCUUCCGUCAUCGGUACUGACCUCGCGCCGAUCCAGCCUGGCUGGAUCCCUCCUAAUUUGGAGUUUCCACGGUAUCUCCAUCCAUUUGGCACUAACGUUGAUCUACGGCAGUCAGAAGACUGCACUCAACAGUGGACUUUCCAACCCAACUCCUUUGACUACAUUCAUAUGCGCUGGCUCGUCGGCAGCAUCGCAGACUGGAAGUCUCUGUUCAAGGAAGCCUACAAGUGCCUUAAACCAGGAGGCUACAUCGAGAGCUAUGAGCCAUCAUCACGUGUCGAAAGCGACGACGGCACAGUUCUGCCAGGCAGUGCGCUAAGCCAGUGGGAGAAGUUCUUCGUUGAAGGUGGAUGUAAGAUAGGACGACCGUUUACGAUAUUUGAAGAAAAGAUCCAGAGAGAAGGAAUGAGAGAGGCAGGGUUUGUGAACAUUGAAGAGCGGGACUUCAAGAAUCCUGUUGGAGGAUGGCCGAAGGAUCCAAAGCAGCGAAGUGUUGGGCAGUACAUGCAGGCUGCUUUCGAACAAGACGCACAAGGAACUGUUCUUCACAUGGCAACUGCGCUGGGAUGGACCGAGGAAGAAGUCACUGUCUUCAUCUCGCAUUUUAGACAUGAGAUUCGAUCACCCAAGAUCCACUCGUAUUUCAGACAGAAGAUUGUUUGGGGGCGAAAGCCUCUUUAG